AUGCGAUCUCUCUACAUACAAGGCGACGAGACACUAGGCAUACGGCCCGAAAAUCAAGAUAAAUCCUACCCACUCUACGGCAAGAUAUCGCCACCGCGCAUGAUCGUUGCUCAGUUCGAUAACCUCGUGUACAACGCGGUUCUCGAGACAUAUAAGGAAAAGGUACUCAAGGAUGUUGAUUGGCUCUUCAGUCAAGAUAAAAAUCGGUGGUGGUUCACUGUGUACAACAUCCUUUUUAUCUUUCUGCGCGAACCACGAUAUUCAAUACCCGGAUUCGUUGAGCGUCUCCAUGAAAGUUGUAAUAACAUGCUCACACAUUGGCACUACUACAACUGUAACAAAUGGCCCCAAAGCAAAGAUGAAGACAACACCGAGCAUUUCGCAAACAUCGCGGUGGAUGACUUGGAGAUCAUCAAACAGACGCGUAAGGACAAGGUCAUCAAGAGGCAUCUCUCUGUAUGGAAGCAAUACAAGACCAAUAAUGGCAAAGGUAGACAGAACCAACCUUCAAUCUCUAAAGGAAACUGA